AUGACUGUAAUCACCCAUAAAAUGGAGAAUUUUCUGACCUGCAGUUCUUACCUAAGUUUACAGGGGCUCACUGGCCAUAGAUAUCAGGACUCUUCACCAUCAAGGACAUCACUUGCUAUGCAUACAAGUAAUUACCUUUUAUUAUUUUCCUUAGAAUUUGUGAACUGGCCCUUUGUAAAGUCUCCACAAACUCUGCUUCUGAGGACUUCAGUAGACCAUCUACUGCUGUCUAAUGUAGACAAGUGGUCCUUUGAUGUAUUUGCACUAAACGAUGCCAGUGGAGAUCAUGCACUGCAGUUCAUUUUCUAUGAACUUCUCACGCGCUAUGAUCUGAUCAGUCGUUUCAAGAAUGUAGACAAGUGGUCCUUUGAUGUAUUUGCACUAAACGAUGCCAGUGGAGAUCAUGCACUGCAGUUCAUUUUCUAUGAACUUCUCACGCGCUAUGAUCUGAUCAGUCGUUUCAAGAAUGUAGACAAGUGGUCCUUUGAUGUAUUUGCACUAAACGAUGCCAGUGGAGAUCAUGCACUGCAGUUCAUUUUCUAUGAACUUCUCACGUGCUAUGAUCUGAUCAGUCGUUUCAAGAAUGUAGACAAGUGGUCCUUUGAUGUAUUUGCACUAAACGAUGCCAGUGGAGAUCAUGCACUGCAGUUCAUUUUCUAUGAACUUCUCACGCGCUAUGAUCUGAUCAGUCGUUUCAAGCUCCCCAUUUCUGCCCUGGUGUCCUUUGUGGAAGCUCUGGAGGUUGGCUACAGCAAACACAACCUAAUGCAUGCUGCCGAUGUGACACAAGCAGUGCAUGACCUCCUUUUGAAGACAGGUGUAGUGGUAGCAGGUCCAGGAGUUGGCAUCCUUAGUACGUACUGAAAUGGCAGCAGUUUUUGUUUGGUAGGGAGAUGAUCAUUAUCCACAGCAGAGCCAUUUGUGCUGUAGAAACCAUGUGCUUUGCAGGGGCUGUGCUAAUGCAAGUAGACAUUUGGGAUUCCUUGGAAGAAUUUGGGUGAGGAUAUGGGUAACUGUUGUAAUUGAUGGGAGAGAGGAUGAGUGAAAAACGCAAGCUGAAGUCUCCCCUCUGCCAUCAAUGUGCUGGCUGAGUCUAGCAAGUCAGUUUGUUGGGAUUUCAUUUCCCUUUCUGUGAAGAAACAAAUUGCCUAAGCUUUCUUCAGAAUGCAAAAUGAAGUAAUGUAUUGCUUAACCCAGUUUGGCACCCCUUUUCAAGCUAUUGCUCACCGUUUUCGCUUGGUGUCCAGUCCUCGGCGCUGUCUCUUGAGCCCACGUGGAGGUGGAUCCACCUCCAUGGGCUCCGGUUCCUCUAGAGGUGGAUCCACCUCCAUUGGCUCCUGUUCAUCUAGAGGUGGAUCCACCUCCAUGGGCUCCACUUUCCACCUCCUCCCCAUGAGCUUCUGCUUUUUCAGGGGAGGAGGAUCCAUUUCUGUGUGGCGCCUCUUCUCCUCUUGCUGUUGGUUUGGCAGUUGGAGGGCUCGGAACACGAGGCAGUGACAUCAGCAGAGUUCCAUGGCAACCCAAAAACGAGAGUUUUUGGAGUUGGGGCCUAUAGCCUGAGAGUUGCCCCAAUUUUGAAGGAGAAGGAAGGAGCUGGAGAACUGAAGGACUCUGUCCUGGGAAGGGCUCAUCUGUUGCAUUGUGCUUGCCAGAGAGAAUUAGUGGCACUUGGGCCAAAGGCCCCGUGGAGACUCCCUUUCUUCAUCCUGUGCUUGAAAUCCAUUUGUACUGAUGAGUGGCAGGAUUACACCAGGAGAGUCCUCUUCUUGGCAGCAGCUCGGUUCCUGGAAGUGGAGGCAGCCUGUUGCCUAGCCGUAGCGAGGAGGAGACAAAGGAUGCUAACAACCCUCAGGCAGCCUGAGGACAUGCAGUCAAUAAAGAACUGCUGAAUUUCAAGGGUGAUGUGAGUUCUCUUUUGCUGACUUUCACUCUUGCCCCGUAGCCUGAAGGAGGUGGCAUUUCUGCUGCUCUAGUGUGAGCCUGGUAUCUCCGAUCCUUCCACCACUCAACACCAAUGAGAGAAAAGCCGGUCCUCAUUUUAUUCCAUGCUUCCAGUAGGCAUCAGUAGUCAAUACUCAAAUCUCUCCUCUUCUUUCAUUUUCUUAACUUUUACAGAAGGCAUUUCCCUCAGUAUUUCCUGGGACUCCUUGCCAGCUCUACGGCUGUGGGUUGUCUCUUAUGACACAAGGCACUGUAUUGUUGGGUGUUGUCUUUUAGCAGGCAUCUUGAUGGUGUUGUGUCUCCUCAGCCCUGAUGGACGUGGAUUCAUUUCCAUGGGUUGUUUUUUAUCUGGAGGUGGAUUCACCUUGGCUGCUCUUCAGAUUUCCUCCCCGUUAGUUGCUCUGUGACUGGUGUGCCAGUAAGAGUGGGGGGUGCUUGAGGACCCUUUUUCGGGGAAUGGCUCACUUAUGCCUUUUUGCUUUCUGGAUAGAAUAUCUGGACUGGCACAGAGGCCUGUGCAGCUUUCAGCCCCCUUUCAUCCCAUGUUUGGGGUCUCCUCACCAAGAUGGUGUCAAGAGUGUCCUGAGGGGUCAGAUGGUCUCCACUAAAACCCAGCUGCCUGGCUAACUGCAAGUGCAGUCACCCCAGUGCCUGACAGUAGUGAUGAGGGGACAAAGCAAAACACUCCUUAGGUAGCAAGGGAAGCAUAACCAUAGAAUCAUAGAAUAUCCUGAGUUCCUUCAGCCUGCCCUGGGAAGCCGUGUGGACUCCCCCUCAGGUUCCCCUGCUGCAGCCUGAAAAGACCAAGGGACCUCAGUCACUGUUUUCCCCUCUAGAUCCUCUUCCAUCUUUGUAGCCCUUCAUUGGACAUUUGUCCUUCUAAUAUUCUAACAUCAGCUCUGGCUACAGAAGACAGAGGAUGAUAGUCCAGUGAAGUAGUCUCCUACAUGUCUUUUCUUUGCUGAUUCAUUCUGAAUGUCAUCUUUGAACAGUGUCUAAUGUAAGUCCUUACCUGGUCAUCUGACUGGCUUAGUCUGAGCCCUGAUGGCUUAGAAUUUCUCUUUUCUUCUCAUCAUGGUAUGCUUUUGAAGAAAGUAACUUGUUCAUUUUUUCAAUUGUAUUUCUUUCCUUUUUUUUUUUUUAAUUUCUAUGGAAUAUAUAUCUAUAGUCCAUAUAUAUUAUGUGUUUUGAAUAUUAUUUUUAGUUCUGAGAAUUUUUUUAGAAAACAGUUACUCUCAAUUAAGUAGGCUUAAAAAAGAUAUUAAAGAAAGAGCCUCAUACUGUGUUGACCAUUGAUGAACAUAAACACAUCUAAUUAAUGUACAGGCAGCUUAUUUGACUGCCUCUGUUCUUAGCAGUUUUCCUUUACUUAAAGGAACCCACAAAACAGUUCAGUACUGGGUUGCUGAGGGAAGGUGUCAGAGCAGGAGCACUCUGUCCUCUUUAAGCACCAGGAUUUGUUUGCAUCUGACUGACAGCUGUCUUUCUUGUGGCCCUAGCUCUUGAAGAGUGCUAGCAGUGCUAACAAGGGGAAACAAGGGAAUGUUGCAGCUCAUGGAGGAUCCUGAGAAAUCAGUGAUCUAGGGCAAGUAUUAGAGGGGAGUUGCAGAGUGGUAGCAUGGCAGUUGAAUGCUAUUUCUGGUAGCAUAAUGGGUAUGUUUCUGGUACAGCUACUGCAAUCAAAUAGUGACUAGUGACAGCAGACAUAUGAGGUGUACAACAUUUUCUUCAUCCCCUGUCUCUCAACUUUCAGAUUCUCAGUUCAGCCCACAAAGCAAAACAAAGUGGAGGAGUCAUAAUAGUCCUUGCUUGGUUUCUGUUGCUAAGCAAAAUAUUGCCUGCUAGUCAGAGUAGGAUGGUGUCUGCUGUCAGGGAUGGUCUUUUUCAUUGUAGUGAUGAUACAAGUGAGACUGGAUGAAACAUUAAAAAAGGAGAAAAUGAACCAAAUCCUCACGCUGGAUGGUAUUUGUAGAAGCAGCUCUGCUUCCCCUGAAACCAAGUCUAAAUCAUCCCUUAGUUUCAGUGCCUCCAUUUCAAAUUUGUAAUUCUAAUAUCAAAAAGGUGUGUUAGUCAUUAAUAUUUUAUCCAUUCUUAUAAAGAGAUAAACCCAGCUGAAGGUUUGGCAGCAAGCUGCUGAACACUGAGCCCAGCAUAGGUGCAUUACAUUUCAUUCAUUAGAGCCAUAUUUGUUGCUUCACGUAGGAUUUGUGUAAAAACUUGUACAGAUUCCUUAUCCACAGAAGCUUGCUCCAAGCAAGUUGCUAAACUCAUUAACAGGGCAAAAGAAAGACUGUGCUCCUAUAAUUUCCAGUUCAGUUAUUACAGAGUGCACAAAAUCCUAAUUCUACUGUAGUCUAAGGAAAAACUCCCACUGGCUUAAUGGGACCAAGAUGGCAUAAAGUUAAUUUCCCAAUACAAUGUAGAAACCAGAAGAGUGACUUCAAUGGGGCCUGGACCUCAGGAGACGAAACUCUGUUAUCUCAGAGAGGCAAAUGCUGUACCUUACUGUUAGAAUAAGAAGCACUGCUGCAAUAGGCAGAAAAAGUUUUCAGUUUUAUCAGCUGAUUUCCAUUACGUAUGCAGAGUUCUGACCUCAUGAGAACAAUCUGGGUAAUUAUUCUUUCUUUGAGGGCAAUCAUAUUCACCUACAUUUAGGCAUAUAAAGCACUGGAGAAUGUCUUUUUUAAAGUAAUAAUCAUAGUGAAGAGAACACACUUGUUUUAUGUGAAAAGAACAACACUGGAUUGAUUUCAUAUACGCGGGUGUUUGUGUACUCAGUAUUCAAAGGUUAUGUAUUUCAAUUAUGUUAAUAAAGACCAAUUCAUGGAGUGCCCAACUAUCAAAUGGCCCUUUGCCUGUAGUUUAAUUAAAUGCUCAUUCUUUGGUGGGUUAUCAGUGGUGAAACACCAGAACAAUAACUGCUAGUAUCAGGAAAUUGGCAUAGGCGGGUGAAAGCUGUUUCUCUUACAAUAGUCCACCACAGAGGGCUUCUUUUUGUUCAGCAUAGAGAGGAAAUUAUUUACACAAAACAUGAUGUAAAGGCUGUUCAGAUCUUUCAGCAAACAGGCUUUGAGAACAAACCGAACCUUUUUCGUUACAUAAGCUCAUAUCCACCAAAUACAUGAAGCACGUUUUAACCAAACGCCAUGAGUUUCCAGCCUCAAGAAAGACUCCGUGAAGUGGGAGAGUAGCAAUGGAGUGCCCAUCUUCUAUUUCUCCUUUCACAGAUGUUCCCAUACUUGUGGUGGGAGAGCAAGAUUUUGCAGGGCUGGCCUGCAGUUUCUGAGGAGCCAAUUUCCUCUCCUUAGCCAGACAGGCAUUUCUCUAUUGGGUACAGAAGCAUUUCUGAAACCUGUUCCUAACCUAUGGAGAAAUUUGGGAAGUCGUCUUUAUCAGACAGGGUAUCUGCUGUGAAUCUCCUGUGAAUCCUGUGUGAUCUUUGGACUGUUGUUGGCUCUGUGGGCUGGCACCCAUGUUGAUGCUAGGAGAUCUGUAUAUAUACGUAGCUAUGCACAGGACUGCACACAACAGAUGGGAAAAUAGCUUCUUACUUAAUUGCACUGAAUCCUGCUAGCAGUCAUAGUAAAAAGCAGUCAAACUGCUUUUGGUUUGAAAGGUCAUGAGUUUAUUCCUCCCUCUCCUGAGCCUUUUUUGUUCGUAUCCACACAGACGUUACAACAGUCUUGCAUAGUGCUGCAGUGUUAUUCGAUGUAAAAAUAUAUUUAAUUUUAGCCAGAAGUGCAGGAUUAUUUUUUGCUAAUUCGUUCUGAAAAUUAUUCACUCAGACAACUUGCUCUCCCUGUUGGCAGUCCAUAAGCACUGUGAAAGUGGUGUUAAAUCAUGCUUCCACAUUUUACAAAAGGACCUAGAUGAGAAAAGCCAACUGCUGCUUCCGUGUCAUGCCUGGCCUAGUGAUGGGCAACUUUUAUUUAUACUCUAUCAAGAUAUAAAUAACAACGCAAUGAUUGAGAACAUCAGAGCUUCCUCCAUGUCAUAAAAUUGGGAAGAGGGAAUAGUUCUGUGUGGUUAUUGAUUUCCAGCUGCUUAAUUGGUGUUUACAAUAUCUCUCCUUGAAAAUAGCCAUGUGCGUUUCAUUCCCUACUUGCUUGUUUAAUUUAAUUUAAUCAAUUGUUACACACCUGUUUCCACUUACUUAAAAUAAAAAUUAUCUACAGCGUAACG